AUGGUGGGACUAGUUCAACCAAUGCCUAAAAGGAAGAUAAGUUUAGGUGAAAAGAAGCCAGCUCGACCGUCAACUCGAUCGAACCAGAAACAAAGGGAAUCCAUUUUGAGAAGCAACAAGGUUAAGAUGUUGAGAGGUGAAGGAAACCAUGCUACUCAAGGAAGAAAGCAAAAGGAAGAGGCAGCAAGGAGAAUGCUAGAAAGGAUGAACGAUGAUGAAGGGGAGGAGUUUGUUAGAAUGAAGGAAGAACAGAGGAGGAAACAGAGAGAAUAA